GAUGAAAGACGAUAGUGUAUUUCUAAUGACAACCUAGAAGCGAUAGCGUUGACAGUCAACUGUAAAGAUGCACAGGGAGCGAAUCGUGAAAGCGAAAGCUUGCAAUCAGCAACCUCACUCCGAAGCCCGCCGCACGCCAUUGAACAGUAACUGUUCGUGAAAGUCUGCAAGAACUGCCCCUUGUUCACCUUGAUUGAUGGCUUCGCAACUAUCUCACUCGAUCAACAACCCUAGGAUUGGCUGGCAAAGCCAUGAGGUAUGAGCGAGGAGCACGUGUAUGUUUACUGGGGAGUUGCAUUGAUAGCUGGCUCUCACACUGUGGUCUAGAUCGUGACGUGGUAAAUCCGGCACUCUGCUCGCAAAACUCUGCACGCUUCCACCAGCGGAAUGGCGACAACCUCCGAAGAUCGAUCGGUCGGCCGAAGACGGUGAACACAGCCGACGCGAGCACGAUCGAUCAAGUCCUGACCUCUACCACCAUUCCCUUCGAACCAUGAUCAAUACAUGCACGCUGAGCAACUCCCUCCAUCUCGCCAAGAAGCUGGACGCGACCCUGUGCGAAGCGCCGCCUUGCAAUAUUUUUAUAGCAAGCCAGCGUGCGCCGGAGCCAUGAAAUCGGCCGAAGGACCCAUGGCAUAUGUAUGGAGUGUUGUCGGAAGAGCAAAGAUAUCAGAGACACGCACAACUGCGUGACAUGAUCUUAGGCGUGAUCAAUCGCUUGG